AUGACCGAACAACCGUUCAAACUGCUCCACCUUCCUGCCGUGGCUCUUCGAAAUGUGUUGCAGUUUCUGAACCCACUUGACUUAUUCGAGCUAUCUCAAUGCUCUCUAAAUUCGGCAUCUAUCAUACCGCUAUCGGGUAGUCGAAAAUUCAAACUUGUUGUGAAUGCGUCUCCCCUCUCUAUCUCUGUCAAUGACCAUGUUUUUCGUAUCGGUUACAAUCGUUCUCAUCCGCCGAGUUGGUUUUUGGAAAGAACCUGGAAGUUUAUGGAUUCUACUGUCAGGGUUGUCUAUCUGUCGAGGCAACAACUCAUUAGUUAUUGGGAUGAUCGAUAUGUCGGAUUAAAGACUGUCUUCUUCCAUCUCUCAAAAAUUUUCAACUGUACCAUCGAGUCUGCAAAGUUUUAUUCAAUUCCAGCAGUGAUUUCCAUGUCGAUUAUCGAUUUUAUCAGUAGCCGACAGUCCGAAAUCAAAGAACUCUUUGUCGGCGGGGAAAAUCUUACUGAUACGAACGUAACUGAGAUAUUUGAUAAAUUGAGAGUCACUGACCAUCUAAGUAUGUGUCAUCGAUUUUCUAUGCCUCCUCCAUCAAUUUCAUUAAACUCGAAAUCCAUGUUUAUCUGGAAUUCCGCUUGGAUCACAACUGAACACUUGAAUUCAAUGAAAAACGGUAUAGUAAUUCACCUAGAUCGUUCUACGUUAACUGAUGACAAGAUGACAUUGUUUUUGAACAACUGGAAAUCUGGACAGUUCCCAAAUCUUCAAUAUUUAUACAUUCAAAGCAGAUUUCUUAGCAAAACCUUUACCCCAUUUGGACUACCGCCAUUUCAACAUACUCACGAUCCACAAUUUCAUAUGAAAACCAUUCUUGGUGUGGAAAGAUUCAUUUAUGGAGGUGUUGAUGUUAAGAGAGAUGAUGGAGUUGUUGCAAAUGUUUAUUUCAACAAUCAAGAUGGAGUUCUGAAUAUGAUGGUAUUGUAA